AUGGCCUCCGUGGCCCUGGGCGGCGUGGCAAACUUCUGUGCCCAAGAACCUUUCCGCCAGAUGCAGGACUUUCGAGGUUUUGAUCUGGCCAUGGAACGCUGCGCUCUUCACUAUGCAGCCCAAACGACCGUCAAGACACUGCCCAACGAAUGUCUGACGACAACAAAAACGGUCAUCCUUUCGACAAACACUGUACACGUGACGAGUCGCCUGGCUUGCCCCACCAACGAGCCGCAUGUCGAGAUCCGUGACUCUGUUGCGCUGGAGCGAAGGGCGGCUGAGCCGGCGGCGCGAACGCAAAAGCAUACGAGCACUCAUGGUCAUACGCAUACGCAAGCUGCUCAAAAGAAGACUGGAACGAAGAAAGCCAACAACACGAAGACGAAGAGUGGUCAGCAUACCGCUCAGACGAAGAGCGGCCAUCACACUACUCAGACGAAGAGUGGCCAUCAUACUACUGAGACGAAGAGUGAUCAUCAUACGACUCAGACGAAGAGCGGCCAUCAUACUACUGACACAAAGAGUGGUCAUCAUACUACUGAAACGAAGAGUGGCCAUCAUACCACCCAGACUCACACCGGCACACAUACUGGUACAACGACUCACACCCACGGUCCCUCCAAAGCGCCACGGGACCUGAUGGACGACCAACGCCGCGCCGGACCCACUCCCGUCGCCUUCUUCAAGCGUGAUGCCGCGGCGACCAAGACGGCAGAGUGGUCGAGUUACUACGGCGCGCUGGCCGAGUGUGGAUACAAUUGCAUUCAAACGGCGUGCUCGUGCGUAGGCACUCUUCAAGUCGUGCUGCAAACCCCUGCGCCAACAUGCACCUCGACGUUGACCAAGGAGACUGUGGUCCAUGAAACCAAGACCGUGCAGCUCGCUGCGGACUCCUGUUGA